GUACCUUUUGAUACAUAAUCCUAUAGAACAAGAGCGAUAUUCAGUGGUUUCAGUCAAUGUGAAUUCACCCAGAGUUAAAUUAUUAUCUCCUUUGGGAAAACCUGUUACUGUCCAGAUUAGUGCAAUUUGGGAUGGAGCAACUACAGUAUCACAUGAAGCUUAUCAGAUCUCUUUUGUGGCCCAUCUACCGCCUCUGGGGAUUGGAGUUUACCAGCUUUUGGAGGUUCAGAGUUCAGAAGCGGUUUCAACAGACUAUAAUAUAUACAUGAGGAAUAGUAGGCAGGAGAAGCCAGACAGACUUUUCAACAUAAAAGAAAUGCAGAAUUCUGUGGAUAAUAUAAUCUUAGAAAAUUCUUACAUGAAACUGUGGUUUUCUGGAAUGUCUGGAUUACUGGAGAAAAUAAAUACCAAAGAAGAUGGUAAAAAUCAUCAAAUGAAGGUGGAGUUUGCUUGGUAUGGAACUACAAGUAACCGGGAUAAAAGUGGAGCUUAUCUCUUCUUACCAGAUGGUGAUGCCAAGCCUUACAUUUUUACAGAUCCACCUACCAUAAGAGUUGCUCAUGGGAGGAUUUUCUCAGAAGUUGUAUGUUUUUUCCACCAUGUGACACAUACCAUGCGACUGUAUAAUGUCCAGGGUUUGGAAGGCCAGUCUCUUGAAGUUUCCAAUAUUGUGGAUAUUAGAGGAGAAUAUAAUCGUGAGCUUGCAAUGAGGAUUUCAUCUGACAUAAACAGUCAAAAUAGAUUUUAUACUGAUCUUAAUGGAUAUCAGAUCCAGCCCAGACUGACGACGAGCAAAUUGCCCCUUCAAGCAAAUGUCUAUCCUAUGACUACAAUGGCUUACAUCCAAGAUGUUGGCGCUCGUUUGACACUUCAUUCAGCUCAAUCUCUAGGUGUUGCAAGCUUGAAAAAUGGUCAGUUGGAAGUGAUCAUGGAUCGUCGACUUAUGCAGGAUGACAACCGUGGCCUUGGACAAGGUGUCCAAGAUAACAAGAUAACAGCUAAUGUCUUUCGACUUCUGCUGGAAAAAAGACAUGGAACAGAUGUG